AGACAGGUGACUGUCUUAAACGGUCCAGUCACGACAGUUUCCCUCUUAGGAAAAUAGUUAAAAAUCGCACGAGACUGAACAGUUGAAGAGAAAUUCAGGAUUUACUUUAUUUAUGGUUAAAUUGUUGCUGUGUUUUCUUGCAAUUAACCCGCUGGUGUAUUUUCCUGGAAAAACAUGGCAAUUCUUGUAAUCAGCUGAUUCUGUCGCGCCAGUGUUACAAAACAUGCCUUUGACAGAUCAUAACAUGAAACCCCUCGUCAAAGCUUAGCUUGUCCUUCUGUCGUCUCAUUGUUUGUAUGUCAGGGAGUAAAUAUGCAGGACGAGUCGGAGUCCAAGUCUGAGUCUAGCUGGGCCUGGUGGCCCUCAUGGCGUCCAACGUCAGUUCACCAGCUGAAGGAUGCAGAGACCAAGAUCCUUGACUGUGUGCAGAAUGACCUGUGGGCCCGCUUCGUGUCUCUGCCUACGCAGGCUAAAAUCUGGACCGUCUCCGUCACUCAGAAGACUGCCCAAGGACCUUCCACACCAGGGUCUCAGACGCCUUUGGUGUUGGUGCAUGGGCUAUGUGGCGGAGUGGGCUUGUGGAUACGUAAUCUGGACCCGCUGUGCCGCUCCCGUCCUGUGCUGGCCUUUGAUGUGCUGGGCUUUGGUCGCAGCUCCCGCCCUCGAUUCCCCUCUGACCCCUCACAGGCUGAGCAGCUGUCCGUCGACUCCAUAGAGCACUGGAGGCAGGCCUUGGGCCUGGAGAGCAUGAUACUAUUGGGCCACAGUCUGGGUGGUUACCUGGCAACAUCUUAUGCCAUUCAGCACCCAAAGAGGGUGAAGCACCUGAUCUUGGUGGACCCCUGGGGCUUCGAGCAGAUGCCCGAGGAUGGAAUCUCACCCGCGACCAGGGCAGGAUGCCCGUACUGGGUAGAGUCCCUCGUCUCUGUGGCCGCCCGCUUUAACCCACUGGCUGUGAUGCGCGUUGCUGGUCCCUGGGGUCCAAAGCUGAUCCACAGGUUCAGGCCUGACAUUCAGAGAAAGUUUGAAGACCUAUUUGAUGAUGAGACCAUGACACAGUACAUAUAUCACUGCAACGCACAGAAGCCAAGUGGAGAGGAGGCUUUCAGGGUGAUGUCAGACUCCCUGAUCUGGGCCAAGCGUCCCAUGCUGGAGCGGGUCCACCUGCUGCCCCCUGGCCUACCUGUCACGCUGGUGUUUGGGGCACGCUCGUGGAUGGACAGCGCAACAGGAAACGAGGUUGCUAAACAGAGACCCUCCAGCUACACACACACGGUGGUGGUCAAAGAAGCAUCGCAUCAUGUCUACGCCGAUCAGCCUGCCGAGUUCAACAGAGUGGUGCAACACAUCUGUGACAGUGUGGUAGAUUAACUGUGUGUGUGUGUGUGUGUGUGUUUGUGUGUGUGUGUGGGUGUGGGUGUGGGUGUGUGUGUGUGUGUGUGUGUGUGUGUGUGUUUGUGUGUGUGUGUGGGUGUGGGUGUGGGUGUGUGAUUGAGAUUUUGAGCGUGUACAGAUGUAAAGUAAUGUACAAUUUUAAGUAAGGUUGUGUAUAAUUUGUUUUCAUUCAGAGUAUGAGUGAACUUGCCAAACAUGUAUCAAAUGAAUGUGUCAAAUAGCAGGUCAUUUAUCUUCAUUAAAGUGUAUUACAAUUUGUA